AUGUGAAGAAUGAUGUAGAGCUUGGGAAUAUUGCGAGAGAUAGAAAGAGAUGGAAAAAGACAGGACAGACACUGACAGACAAUCCAUGAACGCCUACGGCAUAAUAUGCUAUGGUACAUGAAGAAGAAGAAGUAAAAUGUUCAAAUUUUACUGCAACCGCAGGAGGGCGAAUGUUCCAUCAAUGCUUUAAUGCAAAUACGCGGAGCAGCUCAUUCUUUAUUAUUUAUUCCUCCAUGAGUGAAGUAAAGCUACUUCUUGUUGUCGCUGCGGUCUUGGUAGAUUACCAGUUGUUUUUUAAGUGAUGGAGUCACCAUCAGAAGCAAAGAAGAAAAAAUAUGACAGAAUUCCUACACCAGCAGAAGAUCAAGAUGAAAGCUCUCCAUUGAAUUCUCCAUAUUUUCGAAGUGGGAAUCUAUCCACGGAGAAAUGCAUUUCUGAGACUUUUAUAGAAAUUAUGUAAACUAUGAGCGAAAAAUUGGCCAAGUUGGGAUUUGUUGAUCAUGUCCAGUAUAUGGAUGAGUCCCCAUCAGAAGCAAAGAAGAAAAAGUAUGACAGAAUUCCUACACCAGCAGAAGAUCAAGAUGAAAGCUCUCCAUCGAAUUCUCCAUAUUUUCAAAGUGGGAAUCUAUCCACGGAGAAAUGCAUUUCUGAGACUUUUAUAGAAAUUAUGGAAACUAUGAGUGAAAAAUUGGCCAAGUUGGAAUUUGUUGAUCCUGUCCAGUAUAUUUAUAAUCCUGUAGAAUAUGCAAAAGAAACGCAUGGUUGCUAUGUGAAAAAAUACUGCAAUUCUCAGAAGAAGGUUCUGUUUUUGGGAAUGAAUCCAGGACCAUUUGGAAUGGCGCAGAAUGGGGUACCCUUUGGAGAUACACAUUUUGUAAAGGACUGGCUAGGCAUUGUGGGCAAUGUUGGUAAACCACGGGAUGAACAUCCAAGCAGGCAAAUCGUUGGUUUGAAAUUCAUUCGUAAGGAGGUCAGCGGAUCUCGGUUCUGGGGUCUAUGGAAGAACCUUUGCGGAACUCCGGAUGUCUUUUUUAAGCAUUCGUUUGUAUAUAACAUCUGCCCGUUGGUUUUUAUGCGUUCAACAGGAAAAAACAUUACGCCACCUACGCUACGUGUGAAAUAUCGUAAACCUCUACUAGAAGUCUGUGAUGAAGCGCUUUGUGAAAUUAUCAGACUGCUAGAUGUGAAAAUAGUUGUUGGAGUUGGGAAAUUUGCUGAAAAACAGACAAAGUUUGCAUUGGAUAAUGCAGGAAUUGAGGGUAUUCAAGUUGUCAGUAUUUUACACCCAAGUCCCGCGAGCCCAAAAGCAAACAAAGGAUGGGAACGUAUAGCCACGAAACAACUUGAAGAACUGGAUUUGAUUGAAUACUUUAAAAAUUAGAUAUAAUAAAAGGGCAAGCAAUAUUGACUGAAAGUGAAAUUGUUUUAAUUAUUAUUUAUUUAUUUCACAAUUUGGUAUCCAGUAUAUUAGGCACAAUGCCAAGGAUGCCAAAAACUGAAAUUAGUGGCAUUCUCUUUAUGAAGACUAACGUACACAAGAUGCUCUACAUAGACGAGGCUUUUGGUAUGUAGAAGAGGAAUACAGAACGCCAUCAUCUCUCCUUCCUCCCCAGAGAAAUUAGGGACUACUCUACGAUUGUAGACAUCAGAGGUAAAAAGUUUUCCAGGGCAGGUGGCCAGUAUUAUCAUCAUUAUCAAAUUAAUAGAAUUAUUAUCAUCACUAUCUAUUAUUAUUAUUAAUAGUGUUAUUAUUAUUAUUAUCACUAUCAGUUUCUUUGUCUAAUGAAUUUUGUUAUAUUCAGUCACGAAAUUUCCCCGUAGUGGGAUGAAUAAAGUCUCCUCGUAUCACUUGGCAAGGCUUGGAGCAGAUGAUCAUGUGAACAUUGUUACCUCAAGAACAAUAAUUGCAAAGUAACUAGCUGAAGCAGAGGUACUGUUAUGUCCAUCAUUCCAGGGUUGUCCCAUCAUGUUGUGUGUAUUAUGAUUUUUACAUUGCGUAAAUAAAGCAAGUCAGUUUUAA